GUGUCCGAGAUGUUAAGAGGUGUCUGUCUCUUUAAGGCGCCUGUCUGCUGCUGCUGUCUAGCUUUGUGUGAGAGGAAAAGCACGCCAUGCCUUAAUUAUCCUGGAGGGAAAAAAGUUCAAACAAACGACAGGAUAGAUAACGGUUUGUAACUUAACAGACUCCUAUACAGGUUUUAUUGUGGCACGGUGGGAUGAGAUUCGCUCGCGGCGGAAUGCAGUCCACAUGGACACACACUGCACUGUUUGCGCUUCUUGUGUUUUUGUCUGGAAUUUCUUUUUCUACUGCUUGCAAUAAAGCCUUGUGUGCCAGCGACGUCAGCAAGUGUCUAAUACAGGAGCUGUGCCAGUGCAGACCAUCAGAUGGGAACUGUUCAUGCUGUAAAGAGUGUAUGCUGUGUCUGGGCACGCUGUGGGAGGAGUGCUGUGACUGUGUGGGCAUGUGCAACCCUAGGAACUACAGUGACACACCAGCCACCUCAAAGAGCACAGUGGAGGAUCUCUACAGGCCCAUUCCCUCUCUGUUCAGAGCGCUCACUGAGGGUGAAGCCCCCAUCAACAUGAUGGUGGUCUCCUUUCCAGUGGCAGAGGAGCUAUCAUACCAUGAGAGCUUGGUCUCCUUCUUGGAGACUAUGGAAGAUCAGCAUCAAAAUGUUUCGUUGCCUGGCAACAGUAUUCAUUCUAGUUAUGAUAACACUCAAGAAAACAUGUGCACGGUAGUGUACUUUGAUGACUGUGUUUCGAUUCGUCAGUGUAAGCAGUACUGUGAGUCGAUGGGAGGCUCGAAGUACCGUUGGUUUCACAACGCCUGCUGUGAGUGUAUUGGGCCCGAGUGUAUUGACUACGGCAGCAGAGCAGUGAAGUGCAUGAAUUGUCUCUUCUGAACCACUAGCCUUUGAACGUUGCGGAUGCUCAUACUCCUGCCACCAGAGGGCACAAUAACAGGACCAUAGUCUCAGGAGACACUGACCUGGGAUUGGGAAAACGAGCUGACAAUCAUGUAGAUUACAAGCCCUUGUCUCUUUGUAUUAACCUUUUAAACUUUUUACCCCAGGUUUCCCAGGAAAAAAAAGAUAUGGAUUUUGUCUUGUAUUUUUAUAUAAAUCAUUGCAUAAUUAAUUGUUCAUCAAAUUGUAUUCAAAAGUGUGUUCUCUGCCACAUUAUUGCUUUAUGUAGCAUAUUAACCUUUACUAACUUUAAUCAUGCUUAUUAAUUAGAUGCAACUGAUUGAUAUUAAGGUACUACAUGGGAGGAGGAGGGGGGGGUCAGAAAAAGCCAUAUAAUAUUGACUAUAAUAGUAGGCAGUCAUACAGCAUCACAUAGUAUUUUUAAACUGCUGAUAGAUUGACAUUUAUAGCGAAGGUUUGUUGAUAUAUUCUUUGAAUAAUUCUUGUUCAGCAUAGAUGAAGGGACUGGAGCUAUAUACAGAAAGCGUCCAUGUCUGAGUGACAUUUCUUAGAAGCUUUUACCACAGAUAUGAUGAGAAAGCAAAGAGAAAACGUGUCCUUAGAUCAGCACUCUGGUUAUGGCCUUAAUGGACCAGAGCUUGUAUGUGUAAGUCAUAUAUCUGGUAUUCAUUAUAGUUAUGUUCUAUGUGUUUCAGUAGUGUUGCUUCAGAGUCCUACAAAACCUGCAUGUUCAUAUUCUGUUUUGCAGUAAUCCUCAUUAAAAGCUGAGAAACCUGCUUCUGGUUAUGGUGUUCUUGAGAGAAACACGAAACAUGCUCAACACAUUGUUGGUUUAAAUCUGUUUUAUUAACACUAAUUGUCAUAGUACCAUAGGUCCAAUUGCAAAGCUCACAACCUAAGUUGACAUUACUGUAUGUGCUUGUAAUCUGUAUAAAAAAAAAUCUAUACAAUAAUAAAAUUAGUAUUUAAAUCUAA